CUUUAUUCAGUCACUCGCAAUCCGAUCAGUCGUCAGUUAACAUUUCUCUAUAAACGUUGGAUGCUGGUGCUGGAUGGGACCGGAAGAAAAAAACAAAACUCAAGGAAAAUAAUUCAAGUGCAAUAUAAAACAAACGCCGAAUUUUUCCGAAAAAAAACAAAAAACGAAUAAAAGCAAAAAAGUUCUACUUCCUCAAAAAAUUGUCGAACCAACAUAAAAACUAACAUAAACUAUUCUUAAAACUAAUUUCCUAAGCCAUGUUAAGCUUUCGAAAAUUACUGCCACUGCUAAUGUUGACGCUAGUCAUAGGGAUAGCAAAUCACAAGUCAUGGGCUUUACCCAUAGCAGAAGCUGAGCACUCGUCAUCAUCUGGCAACAGCGGCGAUGGAACCAAACUCUUGGUCAUAUCGGAAGAUGUGAUACCCGACGAAGUGGAAAUGGAUCAAAAGAAAGUCAUUCGAGUCAAUCCCUUGGAUUUGCCACCCAUUAAAGAGGAUCCCAAUAAAAAAAGUGAAGACUCUUCGUUAUACAAAAUUCAGUCAAUUAAACCGUUUGCAGGCGGAAAACGUAAAUAUGCCAAUUCUCAGAAUAUGCGUAAGCCAAGUGGUGCAGGAGUGAGCGAGGCUGCCGAUACUCCCAUCACCAGAGGAUUGCCGGCCCCUCAAAAGUUUGUAAAACCUAAACAUCAGCCCAAAAAGAAACACUUACAUUUUCUUUACAAUCAGGACGAUUUGUCAGGGAAUUUAGUGGCGAAGACAAUGCGCGUCCACACAGCGCCCGGGGCCUACCCAGUCUUCUAUGCCGUGGCCAAGACAAAUGGUCGCUUCGGUAAAUAUCCUUUGAAGAGUUUCAGCACCCCGCAAGCCUUUAAGAAAUACAUACAAAAAAAUAAACUCGAGAAUGCCCAUGUGAUAGAGACAGCCUACGAAGAGAGAUAGAUUGUCGACGCAACGAAUUUAUGCUAUGAAGGAGGAUUAGAAAAAAUGGUCCCUCUAUAUUUGAUUUUAAGCUGUAUAUAGUUAUGUAGUCUCUUAAUAUUUAUAUUUGUCUUAGGUUUUAGCCCACCCCUGUAUUUUUGUAUAAUUAAUUUUUCCAUGUACCAAAUACCGCAACGAACGAACAAUAAAAUAUAAUGAGGAACAAUUAA